AUGUACGGGGAGUGCGGGAAAGCACAGAACGCUCCCGCUGCGCAGCUUUUACCAUGUUCGUACAACGGUACGGCAAAGGUAUUAAGCGACAAAGGAAUAAAAGUAUUGAAAAAAUGGUGUCCGCAUUAUUUCGACUCCACAUCGGAUUCCCAACUUAUUUACACGUGUUGCGACGAAGCUCAAUUGGAAACUCUGGAUAAAAACAUACAGCAAGCCAUGAUGUUGAUAUCGAGGUGUCCUUCUUGUAAAUACAAUUUCGUGAGACACUAUUGCGAUUUUACAUGUAGACCAGAUCAAAGUAAUUUUAUAGAACCGCUACGUAUAGUCAAUGCGACCUUGAAUAAGAGUGCAGGAUACCGUCCAGCCGUGUCGGAAAUCAAUUUGUACAUUAAUAAAAGUUACACUUACGGUACUUACGACUCUUGCAAAAACGUUUACUUACCUUUGGCCAAUCAAUACGCAAUGGAUUUGCUAUGCAACCGUCCCGUCGUCUCUUGUUCUCCCGAAUUAUGGUUUGAAUUUUUGGGGGACGCAAGUGCUUUUUCCCCAUAUCAAAUCAAUUACAUCAUGUCUAGCAAAGCAAAGGAAAAAAAUUUCACACCCCUCAAUAUUAAAACUUAUUCCUGUAAUGAGGCUCCGUUGGAAAACGAGUCGGCUUGCAGUUGCGUUGACUGCGUGGAAAGUUGUCCGAUACCACCUCCGGUCCCAUCACCCGUUGCUCCAUUUUUCGUGGGAGCUUUACCCGGAAGAGAUUUCGUCAUGUUAUUAGUAUUUAUCGCAGGUUCUCUAAUAUUUCUUUCGAUUGUUUUAUUUUGCAAUAAAAGAAACAGGCAACAAGGUGCCAGCGAAGGAAAUCCAAACGAAAAGACUGAAUUUGUUGGGACGAAAUCAAGUUUGAGUAAAAUUGAAAAGGCGGGAGCCGCGAUUGAAAAAUUUUUGGAACGUUUUUUUUAUAAACUUGGAAUGCUAUGCGUGUCGAGACCCUGGCUCGUUUUGCUCACCGGUCUUCUUGUAUUCAUAUGUCUCGCCUGCGGCAUUUUGUUCGUCAAAGUCACGACCGAUCCCAUAGAACUGUGGGCUAAUCCCCUGAGUAGAUCCCGCGUUGAGAAAGAGUACUACGACAGUAAUUUCAGGCCAUUUUAUAGAACCGAGCAAAUAAUAAUUCAUGCCGUCGGAUUACCCAACAUCACGCACAACACGUCGUUGGGACCCGUGACCUUCGGCCCCGUUUUUAACGUGUCGUUUCUAAAGAAAAUCUACGAUUUGGAACAAUCCAUAAGAAACUUAAAUGCCGAUGGAGUGACGUUAAAAGAUAUUUGUUUCUCCCCGUUGUCGUCCGAUUCGGGACCCGAAGAUGUUUCACAAUGUUCCAUCAUGAGCAUUUGGGGAUACUAUCAGGAUGACUUGAGUAAUUUAGAUACGGAGGAUGAUGAAUAUCUCAAUAGAUUUAUGUCUUGCGUAAACAAUCCGUAUUUACCAGAUGAAUGUUUGGCACCUUGGGGAGGUCCCAUUUUACCUGAUUUGGCACUCGGAGGAUUUCUAGAAGCCGGCCUUAACGAAAAGGGUAAACCAAAAUAUGAAUUAUCAACUACAUUAAUUUUAACUUAUCUAGUAGAUAAUCAUCAUAACAAAACGUUGAGGGAACCUGCCUUGAAAUGGGAGGCCAGGUUUAUCGAGCUGCUUAAAAAUUGGACCGAAACGGAAAAACCUGAUUACAUGGACGUUGCUUACUCUUCGGAACGUUCCAUCGAAGAUGAAUUGGAAAGAACGUCUCAUUCGGAUGUCGGAACCAUUCUCAUCAGUUAUUUGAUUAUGUUUGCUUACAUCGCCAUAUCCCUUGGACAAAUUCGAUCUUUUUCCAGAUUGCUGACCGACAGUAAGAUGACGUUGGGAUUGGGAGGCGUUCUUGUCGUUUUAAUAUCCGUCGCUUGUUCUGUGGGAAUUUUCGGGUACAUCGGCGUUCCCGCGACGCUUAUCAUAAUCGAAGUCAUUCCAUUUUUGGUCCUUGCCGUCGGCGUGGAUAACAUAUUUAUACUGGUUCAGACUCAUAACAGAUUGCCCAGAGAACCCAACGAAAGUUUAGAGGAACACAUUGGAAGGACUUUGGGAGUUGUUGGUCCUUCGAUGACACUGACGAGUUUAUCCGAAUCCUUUUGCUUCUUUUUAGGGGGAUUAUCCAACAUGCCCGCCGUUCGAGCUUUUGCUCUCUAUGCCGGUAUGGCAUUACUAAUAGAUUUUAUAUUUCAAGUGACUUGUUUCGUAAGCCUUUUAGCACUGGAUUCUCGUCGGCAAACGGCUGGCAGAUACGACGUUUGUUGUUUUAUAAAAAGUUCGAAAAAGGAUAGCGGUUCCGCGCUGCCCAAUGGUUUACUAUAUAAAUUUUUCAAAAACAUUUACGUGCCUGCGUUGAUGAAUAAAAUCGUGAGACCUCUCGUGGUUGUAGUUUUUUACGCUUGGCUGUGUUUGUCUAUUGCGGUGUUGCCACGUAUUCAAGUGGGAUUAGAUCAAGAAUUGUCCAUGUCACAAGAUUCCUACGUACUCAAGUAUUUCAAGAGCUUAAAAAGUUAUCUUUCCAUCGGACCUCCCGUGUAUUUCGUUGUCAAAGACACAAAUUUAAAUUAUUCGAAACCUGAAAUUCAAAAUUUGUUUUGCACGGGACCAAAAUGUCACCUCGACUCUCUCACGACUCAGGUUUAUUUAGCUUCCAAACAAGCGAACAGUUCGUACAUAGCAACUCCUGCGUCUUCAUGGCUCGACGACUAUUUCGACUGGUUGUCUUACGACAAGUGUUGUUUCGUGACGAACAAUAAAAGUUUUUGCCCGCACAUUUCACCCUACGAUUGCGAAACUUGCCCGCGGGAAAACGCGACGGGAAUCAGACCGAGCAGCACAGAUUUCGAAAGAUAUUUAUCUUUCUUUCUCAAAGAUGAUCCGGAUGCAUCUUGUGCCAAGGGCGGUCAUCCGAGUUACGGACCGGCUGUAAACUACAGAAAUCUAGGAGUGGAUAAAAAUGGAUUCGAAAGAAGCAUGGCGUCGUCUAAUUACUACAUGGCAUAUCACACGAUAUUAAAAACUUCGGAGGAUUACUACAGCGCUCUUCGAAGCGCUCGAGACAUUGCAGCCAACAUAACUUCAUCCAUAAACGAUCGUUUGACGAAAAUGGGAGGGAAUGCAAGCGUCGAAGUGUUUCCGUACAGCGUAUUUUAUGUAUUCUACGAACAAUAUCUAACCGUGUGGGAAGACGGUAUCAACAGCAUGCUAAUAUCUUUUCUCGCCAUAUUUGUGACGUCAUUCGUAUUACUAGGAUUAGAUUUGUGCGGAGCUUUCGUCAUCGUCAUAACGAUCGCUAUGAUUUUAAUCAAUCUCGGAGGACUCAUGUACUGGUGGGACAUUGGAUUGAACGCUGUCUCACUCGUAAAUCUAGUCAUGGCUGUGGGUAUAGCAGUGGAAUUUUGCAGUCAUUUAGUUCAUUCUUUCACGAGUUCAACGGAGUCGAAUAAAUUGCAGAGAGCAUCUCACGCUCUUACGGACAUGGGAAGUUCCGUGUUUUCAGGUAUAACUCUAACGAAAUUCGGUGGGAUCAUAGUACUCGGAUUUGCCAAAUCGCAAAUAUUUCAAGUUUUUUACUUUCGAAUGUACCUGGGAAUUGUUUUGUUUGGUGCGGCUCACGGAUUGAUUUUCCUACCCGUCCUUUUAAGUUACAUAGGUCCACGUGGUGUUGCGAAUGGAGAAAAUCUUGUUGUUGUUAAUCAUAGGAGGAACGUGAAUGAAUUAGAAGGUCGAGACAAUGUCCUGAGGGAAUCGAGCCUUGAAAGAGUAAGCAAUACUAAAUUGUAG